CCGCUAGCCGCUUUAGCUCGUGAGCCGGACGCCGUGAGGACGAGCCGCAGCCGCAGAAGAAGAACCAGAAGCCCCGCACGCGCCGCAAGCAUCCUGUCUGAGAGCCGGGUUCCUCCACACCGCCCUGAAGCCGCCCGCCCGUCAGCCCGUCACCCUGACCCGUCAGCCUGUCAGCCUGACCCGGACCGGGACCCGGACUGGACCCUGUGAGACCAUGCAGCCGUUCCCUGCUCGCCCUCGCCGUUAGAGAGAGAGAGUGUGUGUAGUGUGUGUGUGUAUGUGUGUGUGUGAGAGAGAGAUAGAGAGAGAGAGAGAUCCAGGAUGGGAUUUGGUCGGGAUUUGCGGAAUUCCCACGAGGGACUGCUCAAGCUGCAGGACUGGGAAUUAAAGCUGCUGGAGACGGUGAAGCGCUUCAUGACUCUGCGGGUGAAGAGCGAUAAGGAGUACGCCGCCCUGCUGCUGAGCCUGAGCCAGCAGAGCGAGCGGCCCGACACCGCCGACUACGUCAGCACCGUCAGCAAGUCGUGGGCGCAGGUGGUGCGUCAGACGGAGCAGCUGGGUCACGUGAUGCGUUCCCAUGCCGACGAGCUGAACUGCGGCCCGCUGCACCGGCUGGCGGCGCUGAUCCGCGACAAGCAGCAGGUGAAGAAGAGCUACCAGAACCUCCACCAGCAGCUGGAGAGCCAGCACCACAAGGUAACCAGGAGCGACCUGGACAAGCUGAAGGCGACGUACCGGCAGCUGAGCCGCGACGCCACCGCCGCCAAGGACAAAUACCGCGAGGCGCUGGCCAAAGGGCGGGAGGCGGAGCGUUCCCGCGAGCGCUACGACAAGGCGACGGCGAAGCUGCACAACCUGCACAACCAGUACGUGCUGGCGGUGCGCGGCGGCCGCCUGCAGCAGGACGAGCUGCGGCAGCGGGCGGCGCCCGGCCUGCUGGACGCCCUGCAGCGCAUGCAGGAGGACAUGACGCUCGCCCUGAAGUGCAUCCUGGAGGAGUACAGUGACAUCACCAGCCUGCUGACGGAGGAGAUCGUGGCGGUGCACGAGGAGAUCGCCGCGGCGAUCCAGCAGAUCGACCCGCUGGCCGAAUACGAGCGCUUCAUCGACGCUUACCGCUCGUCUGAAGCUCCGGAAGCGGCCGUGGAGUUUGACGUCUCCCUAUUGGACGACACCGAGAACCUGCCGGCCAAUGAGAUCGUCUGGAAUAAUCUGACAGCCGACAGCCUGCAGGCCAUGGCGGCGGCGGUGGGGGAGGAGCUGGCGCUGACUCAGCAGAACCUGCGGGCCAAAGAGACGCUGGUGGAGGAGCUGGAGAACAAAAUGUCGGAGUCGAGCCAGAACAGCAGCAGGAAGAGCGACUGCGUGCUGUUGCUGGGGCAGAAACUCUCCCUGCUGGAGCUGCGUCACGCCGUCCAAUCCCUGCGCAGCAACGAGGCGCGCCUCGCCUCCCAGAAGGCCUUGCUGGACGCCAAGAUGGCCGACGCGGCGGCGCUGGGCCGGGAGCCGCCUCCGGCGUUGCCGUACGAGGACGACGCCCGCUCCGUCGGAUCCACGGACAAGGUGAAGGAGCGCAGCUCCCGCUUCGACACGCUGCGCCACUCCCUGGCCGGGAUGAUCCGCUCGCCCAAGGCCAUGCUGGGCGGCUCCAGCUCGCAGUUCUUCGACGUGAUCCCGACGUCGGAGCGCCCCCUGGCGGAGCAGGAGUGGUACCACGGUGCCAUCCCGCGCACCGAGGCGCAGGAGUUGCUACGGCAACAGGGCGACUUCCUGGUGCGAGAGAGCCACGGCAAGCCGGGCGAGUACGUCCUGUCGGUGUUCUCCGACUCGCAGAGACGCCACUUCAUCAUCCAGUACGCCGACAAUCAGUACCGCUUCGAGGGGACAGGAUUUCCCAGCAUCCCUCAGCUCAUCGAGCAUCACUUCUCCACCAAGCAGGUCAUCACCAAGAAGUCGGCCGUGGUGCUGCUCAACCCCGUCGUCAAGGAUAAGAAGUGGAUCCUGAACCACGAGGACGUGCUGCUGGGAGACCUGCUGGGCAAGGGAAACUUCGGCGAGGUGUUUAAGGGCACGCUGCAGCGCGACAAAACGCCCGUCGCCGUCAAAACCUGCAAGGAGGAUUUACCGCCAGAGCUCAAGAUCCGCUUCCUGUCUGAGGCCAGGAUCCUGAAGCAGUACGACCACCCCAACAUCGUCAAGCUGAUCGGUGUGUGUACGCAGCGGCAGCCCAUCUACAUCGUCAUGGAGCUGGUGCCAGGCGGGGACUUCCUGUCGUUCCUGAGGAAGAAGAAAGACGAGCUGAAGACCAAACAGCUGAUCCGAUUCGCCGCUGACGCCGCCGCCGGCAUGACGUACCUGGAGAGCAAGAACUGCAUCCACAGGGAUCUGGCGGCGAGGAACUGCCUGGUGGGCGACGGCAGCGUCCUGAAGAUCAGCGACUUCGGGAUGAGCCGGCAGGAGGACGACGGCGUUUACUCGUCAUCAGGCCUCAAACAGAUCCCCAUCAAGUGGACGGCGCCGGAGGCCCUCAACUACGGGCGCUACAGCUCGGAGAGCGACGUGUGGAGCUACGGCAUCCUGCUGUGGGAGACCUUCAGCCUGGGGGUGUGUCCUUACCCCGGGAUGACCAAUCAGCAGGCCCGAGAGCAGGUGGAGAAAGGUUACCGGAUGUCGUGUCCGCAGCGUUGCCCGGAUGACGUUUACAAGGUGAUGCAGCGCUGCUGGCAGUACAACCCCGAGGAGCGGCCCAAGUUCUCCGAGCUGCAGCGCGAGCUCGCCGCCAUCAGGAAGAAGUAGGGCGGGGCAGCAGACUUUGUUUUGGACCGUUUUUUUUUUUUUGUUUUUUUUUUUCCCCAGCAGGAAGUGGGUGUGGCCAGCGAUGUGAAGAGGUUACCAUGUCCGUUUAGUUUGUAUUUAAAUGCUAACAGAUGCUAAAAACACGCUAUACACACGCCAAAAGCCGGCAUGAACAUCAUCAAACACGUUACAUGCCGUUGUUUUGUUUUGUUUUCUUUUCUUUUCUUUUCUUUUCUUUUUGUUUUUUUGUUUUGUUUGCCUGGCGAAGUGGGCGUGGCCAGCAGCUCUGAUGUGAAGAGGUUGGCAUGUAUGUAGCAUUUAGAUGCUAACAGAUGCUAAAAAGAUCAUCGGUGAAGUGAGAUUUCUUUUGGGUGGAAAAGGGGGCGUGGCCAGUGGGUGUCAACAAUGUGAAGUGGUCAUGUCAUUCGCUCAUUAAAUCACAUGACAAACGACCCAGAACAUGCAGGAAAACAUGCAAAACUGUUGGUCAGGGUCAGGUUUUCUGUUUGUUUGUUUAUUUCGUGGUUUUUGGUGCCAUUUUUGACAGGAAGUGGGCGUGGCCAGCAGGCGUGAAUGAUGUGAAGACGUUACCAUGUAUGUAGCGUGUGCAUUUAGAUGCUAAAAACAUGCUCUACUCUGCUAAAAACACCUCGUUAGUGUUUUCUCUCUUUUCUUACUUUGAUGUUUGGCAGGAAGUGGGCGUGGUCAGCAGUCAUCUGUGUUAUGUUUAUAUUAAAAUGUUAACAACAUGCUAAAGCUGGCAUAAAAAUGCUAAAAGAGCUUUCCUCUUGUGAGCAGAAGUGGGCGUGGCCAGCAGGUGUGAAUGAUGUGAGAAGCUAACAGACACUACAAACAUGCUAAGAACGACUGUAAACAUGUUUAAGAUAUUACAAGCACUUUUUUAAAAACAUUUUUUUCAUUAUUCAGUGACAAUUUUGAGAGAGAGGGCGUGGCCAGCAUGUGUGAGUGGGCGUGGCCAGUGGGCGUGAUCAAUGCUACAAGGUUAGAAUGUAUCUACUGUACCAUGCACAUGGUAAAAGACACAAAUGCUACAAAACUCUGUUCAUUUUUUCUCCACUGUUGGCUGUUUUUUUUUUUUUGUUUGUUUGUUUGUUUGUUUGUUUGUUUGUGUUUUUUGUUUUGCGGCGGCACGGCGGCGAGCCGUGCGAUUGAUGUCAAGAGGUUAGCUGGUAGAUUUAAUGUGUGUUUGGAUGCUAACAUGCUAAAACGUAGCCCCAGCAUGUCUUUAGCUUUGUUUUUGGCAGGAAGUGGGUGUGGCCAGCAGGUGUGAGCCAUGUGAGGGUUAGCAUGUAUGUAGCAUGUACAUGCUAGCUAACACUACAAACAUAAAAACGUGCAAAAAACAAAAUUAGCCCACCAGUGAACAAAAAAACUUUUCCCUCAUUUCAGCGCUGACUCUGGCAGGAAGUGGGCGUGGCUACCAGGUUGUCAUGACACUGAGAGAUUAGCGUGGAUGUAGCAUGCUUUUUUAGCAUCUAAAAUACAAAUACAAAAAUACAAAUACAAAAUAUAUGACAAUAUAUAUGUUUUUUCCUGAUGCUAAAGUAGCAUGUACUUGGCUUGCUACUUUAACAUCUGAGCGCUAACCUUUACAAGACAAACACAACAAAAAGCCAAAAAGCCUGAAAACCCGCAGCCGCAGAGCUAAAGUGUCGGCGGGGUCACAAGGUGCUAACGUGUUGUUUGGAUAAAUGCUAAUAACAUGCUAAAAUGCUGAAACAUGCUAAAAAAAAAAAAAAAAAAA